CGCGCUGACACCUAAGCAAACACAACAUGGACACCAGCGGCAUUAUUCCCGACAUUAUUGAUGUUAAGCCUGCGGCCAAGGCACAGGUUUCAUAUCCAUCCGGCGUGCAGGUCGACUUGGGCAAGGAGCUGACGCCUACGCAGGUGAAAGAUCAGCCCACAGUUACUUGGGAUGCGGAGGCAGGUGCCCUAUACACACUCUUAAUGGUGGAUCCCGAUGCGCCCAGCCGUGCAGAUCCUAAGUUCCGUGAGAUUCUCCACUGGGCUGUUAUCAACAUACCAGGCAAUAAAGUGGCCGAUGGUCAAGUCCUAGCCGAAUAUAUUGGCUCCGGUCCACCAGAGGGCUCUGGACUGCAUCGCUAUGUGUUUUUGGUGUUCAAGCAAAACGAAAAAAUUACCACGGACAAAUUCAUUCCCAAGACACAACGUGAAGGUCGCGUUAGUGUCAAGACCAGGGACUAUGUGACCAAAUACAAGUUUGGCGCCCCCGUGGCUGGCAACUUCUACCAGGCACAGUAUGAUGACUAUGUUCCUAUUCUCAGAGGGCAGAUUCAAUAAUCAAGCACUACCAAAAAACGGUUUUACAGUAAAAUAAAUGCCAUAAGGAAGACUAUGUAGUUAAA